GCCCGGUCGCCCCUCCCCCGUGCCGUCGCCCGGCGGACAUGGCCGCGCCCCACGCCCGUGGGGAGCCGCAGCCCGGCUUCCGCGCGCUGCGGGCUGGCCGGAGAGGGGCGCGCACGGACACAGGGACGCACGGACGCCGGAGCCCGCCCCGGAGCAUGUGGAAGCUGAGCCGGGGCCGGGUGCUGCUGGACGAGCCCCCCGAGGAGGAGGACGGCCUGCAGGGGGGGCCGCCGCCCGCCGCCGCCGCCGCGCAGGUUCAGGGAGCGAGUUUCCGAGGUUGGAAAGAAGCGACUUCCCCGUUUAACGACGACGACGAGCAACACCUGCUGGAAAGCCGCAAAUCUCCCAGGUCCAGAGGAACUAACUUACGACUAAAAGAAGAGCUGAAGACCGAGAAGAAAUCUGGAUUUUGGGACAAUUUGGGUUUAAAACAGAAUACACAGUCUAAGAAACCAGACGAGAUUGAAGGUUGGGAGCCUCCAAAGCUUGCUCCUGAAGAUGUGGCGGCCGAGUCAGGUGACACCGUGAGGGACGAAGCGCCCCGGCCAGGCUGGGAGGAGGGUGUCAAGGGCUCCACACGGUACAGCAGCCUGGCCGGCUCCGCAGGCGCCUCCCGCUGGAGCCUUCGGUCGGCCGGGCGGCUGGUCAGCAUCAGGCGGCAGAGCAAAGGCCACCUGACCGAUGACUGGGAGGAGCUGGAGUGACAUCACGGGGACGCGGGGGCAGAGCUUCAGGUCCCCAGCUUUUCCAAACCGAAACCUGCUCGUAGUGCAGCCUUGUGCCCUGUUCUGUUCAGACUCCUGCAGUUUGCUGUGUCCGCGUUUUCCUCGUGUGUCGCGCUGUUAGUCCUGCCCGUGUCCCGUUUAGACUUGGAUGUUCCCACACAGCCAGGAAACUUCCAAAGCUGACCACUGGCCUGGCGUGCUGCCCGGCUGCCUUACUUUGGCCGCGUCCCCGCCUGGGCGCCACGUGCCACUGGCCCCGGAGACGGCGUUUCUGGUGCUGUCCCCCCCGGCACCAGGUAGGAGCCGCCCUUUGCCACACGGUGAGCGUGCUGCCCGCCCUUGGUGACGCGACGCCUCCCUGCUAUAAGCCGUGUGCAGUCAGAGCCCAGGAACGCAGGGGUCAAAUCGUGUUCACCCGGAAAAUCAAACUUUCCUUCAUAUUAAUUUUCAAAAUACGUAAACAAACCAAUUUCCAGAAAAGCAGAGGUAGCCUGUGAUGAAGCGUGGACGGGCCACCGUGCAGGUGACAGCGCUGCUGACCUGGGGCUUUGUUUUCACUUCUGAACUUUGAAAUAUGCAUCUUUGUUUUAUUCUAAACAUUUGUUCUCCUUUUUAUUUUUAUUUUUUUACACUUUUGUCUUCUUUAUUAAUAUAUAUUUCCUAAUAUAUAUUCAAAAAAAUGAUUUCAAGAUAUGUGACAUAAAGCAAGAUCAUUUUUAUCAGUAAUGUCUCUUAAAGGAGGGAAAACUUAAGGUGUAAGCCUGCAGAAGGUGAAGAAGCGGAAAUGGGCGUCUUCAGCAGAGCAGGCCGCCUGGUUACUCCGGAGCAGAAAGGACCAGCUGGGACUGACCCAGCUCCGCGGGGAAGACGACCUACCGUGUGUCCAGUUUCUCCUCACACUUCUCACAAAGCGUAAAUAAGUGAUAAAAGAGCAGUUGUCCCAGUGUCGUCAGUAAUGAGUAAAAGGGGAAAACUAACCCUCAUCAGGUUCAAGUAAUGUUUUAUCACUAAAAAUGAGAAGAAAUGUAGGGAAAACGAUACUCUCACCUGAGAUGAUUUAGACAAUCAUGCGCAAACGAGCCUUUUAACUACAGCAGUAAUAGUCAUUCGAAAAGAACUGAGAAGGGAGAAAGCAGGUAGCGAAUUUAAGGUCCGUGUAAAUUAAAUCUACUCACAUAAUAACCUUCAGUUACCUGUUAAGUACAGAAACAUUCCCUCUUUAAUCAUCCAAAACCCCUGCGAAGAGAUGACGCCUCGCCCACAGCACAGGUGGGAAGCGGAGGCAGGAGGGCUGCGUGGCGCGUGGGGUUAUGCCGUGGCAUCGGGGACACAGCCUGACCCGCUGCUCUGUAGACGUGGUGUGGACGCCAGUGGAUGUCGCGAAGCGAGGCAACUCGAAACCCGCUCUCAGCUGCCGCGUGCAGCCCGGUGGAAGGGCAGGCGCUUGACCCAAAGUACUAAAACCUCUUAAUCCUUUUUCUACACAGUCCUUAAAUUCCCCUUUCAACUUUUUGCACUAAUUUACACGGACACAUUACCAUUUUCAAUGUAACAUUAGUAUAGUUAAGAGACUGGUCACUAGUGAGACAGAAGCGGCCCGGCUGCCAAGGAGGGGGCCGGGGAGAGGGGGGCAGCCCCCCACGCUGCAUCCCGGCCACCACUCCGCUUUGGAACCGCGGCCCUCAGGCUUGUUGUGAGGGACAAGUAAAUGUGUUGGUUGGUUUAAACCAUUAAAAAAAGGGGUGGGGGGAGAAGAAGGGAGGGAAAGAAACUGGUCACAAGCUUUUAUAUAGGCUUCAUGAAAAAAAAAUUUUUUCUUGAAACAAUUGGUUAAAAACUCGGGUUUUCUAAAGAGAUUUGUACGGACAUGGGACUACGAAGAUACAGAAAGCUGGAACCCUUUCCCUGCCUGUCGUCUUCAGCAAGAUCACAAAAUGCUCCAAAACUCCUUCACCCUCCCACCCGGCCUGUCGUGUUUGCUUGGCCGGCGUUAACCCCCAGUGUCAGGAGGGCCUUCGUGGAGAAAUUCCGCGUUCCGUGCAGGGGCAGCUUCUGUGCUUGCAGUGAAGCUCCUCAGAGAUCCAGGAGGGACGCCUCGGCCUUCAUUUCUUCUCCGAACAUGUGUUCUGCUCAACAUCUCUCUGGAGUGGCUCGAAGGUAAAGGAUCCAUCCGGUCAGGCGGCCUCGAUAAGUCGUCCACUCUGCUUCAUUCAUGCAAGUGGGAUGCAGACGUGCGCCUGGCACUGCGCCGACCGGGCAGAGCCUUGCACAGCUCCCCACACCUCAGCGUGCCUUCCAGAGCGGCGGGCGUGUCCUGGGAGGCUGCAGACCGUCGUUCCAGCUUCUCACGCGCCCUCGGAAGAACGUUCCCGCCACUUUUUCGAGGUGUUGCCGGUUCCCGAAAUUCAUCUUGCACACUGAAUGUUGUGCCGCUGGGCAGCAGUCAGGAGCCACCUCCCACUCCUCGCAGACUAGUUUAAAGACAUUCACAGAUGCUGGCUUCCCUGCAGCGAGCUUCCAUUCUGUGGGAAUUGUCUCGAUGUGGGUCCCCUCCGAGCUGGAAGGUGGGCAGCUCCUCUCGGUCAGGUCAGCGUUCCUCGUCUCUCAGCCCCAAGCGUGUAGGCGCUCCCGCCGGCUUCGUAUCCUUUUUUCAUUGCAGAUCAAAGAAUGCUGUAAAGUGUGGAUCGAUUUUAGCAACUUGAUGCUCUUUAGUUUGGGAAAUAUUCCCUUGCUCGUUAUAGGGUUAAACUGUAUAUACAAUACUGGAAGUGCCUCUUUUCUACAAUCCCCGGGAUAUUGUUUUUCCAGAUGAGAUACUUACUGGGAUUGCUGUUGGAUCCCUGACAAGAUGUGUCAGGGCUCAUUCGAGAGUGUCACUGUCCCUUUCUGGACUUGCUUUCUGUCCUUGGCAAAGCAGCCUCUGUACCAGGUACCCCAGCUGUGUGUCUCCCUUGGACAGCUCUUGUCCAUGGGUGAUGCAAGGACCCAUCUUAGGCAAUGGUGGUUUCCAAGAAAAGGUAUAGGUUAUUUUUUAUUAAAAACAGAAACCUCCGGUCACACUGUGCAUCCCUCUCAUGGAAACGCGGUCCUUGAGGUGUUCAGGGUAUGCUUCUGUGCUGGUGCCCGCAACACCCCUGGGAACACAUGAGCACAGCUGCUGGCAGGCCUCCUGACGCUAGCAGUGUGUCAUCUGUCAACCGUCGAUCGAUCGUCUGUCUACAUGUGUCACCUAUCGACCAUCUAGCCAUCCAUCUGUUUUUAAUAGAACAAGACAUUUACUUGACCGAGCCUUGAAAGGGAGACAUGUUUUGAGUGGUGUUAAAAUAGAAACCGUGUUGUAUUGGAACCCUGAAAUGGGGGCGGUAUUGUUCGAGAUGCAGAGGGAAGAUAGCGGAGUUGAAAAUGUUUCCUCAGGUAGACAGUUCAGUGUGUGGACUGAGCCCCACCUCCGAGGAGCGCUUGCCGAGCUGUGCAGACACCGUGCGGCAACCUGUGCAGCCGGCUGGCGGCUUGUCCUCGGCUAACCCUGACUUGAGGCGCAGGAAAGCCAUUUGCUGUGUGGAGACGGGAACACUCCCCAGGCGACCCUGUGACCAGCUGCUGUAAUGCUAAGUGCCUGUAACUGACCUCGGUAAUGCACCUGUGAUGUAGUCGGCAAAAUAGUUCAGAAUAUGGUUUUUUAAAACCUGAAGACAAAGCCAGCUUGCGAUUGGAAUAUGCACUGUAAAUCACAUUUUUCUUAUCUGCAGAGAUUUAUGUAAAUGAAUUUUCUGUUGUAGCUGAUCAAACGAAAAUAACUAUGUGGAUUUUAAUAUAACUAUUUAUUGGUGUGCUUUGGGAGAAAAAUAUUUUUUCUUGAUAGAAUUUACCAAAGCGACUUUGUAUUGUUCACAGGUUAAGAGAAAUGUGGGUUUGAUUUUAGGGUUUUUGUUUGAAUUCUUGUAUACAUACAACUUAAAACUGUGUGAAGAGCGAGUUGUCUGUGCUCCUUCUGCUGUUGUUUUAUUUUUUUUUUUUAAUAUGAAAGUGAUUGGCUUCAAAGAAAGAAUUCAUCCUUAAUGUUGAGAUUUUUUAAAAAUAAAAGUAUCAUUUAUAUCCUCUUUAA